CCACGCAUAUAUACACGCGUCUAUAAUAUAUAUAGAGUUUAUAUCGAAAUAUCAAAAAAUAUAUGUGACAAAAAUGUGACGUAUAAAACUAUUCAAACUAAUUAAAUAGGUAUAUCUCUUUUUGGUACUUUAUUUUACGGUUGGUGAUUUAUUCGGAUACUCGUAACAUAUUAACAUAAUGCACAGAUGUGUGUUUAUAUUCACGGCUACGUAACUUCAGUGAAAAUGUUAUAGCAACGAAAGUGAAAAGUAACUUCGCGCCAACACAACGCUUACUUCCGAUUUCGAACCUCCCGCGUUCACACGUGGACAUAGACUAAAAAAACCAUAUCAUAUAAGUCCUCCUUAAGGUUUAAGAAAAUCUUGGUCUCCAACAAGUUCUAUUAAGAAAAUAAAAAAGUGUUUAUAAAACAAAUCUUAAUAAAUAAUAAUAAUAAUAAACAGUGUUACAAGAAAUAAAUAAAUGCUAAAUCUAAUAGUGUAACAAAUCCUUCAAAAAUGUGCAAUAAAAAGUGAUAUGUACGUGUUUCCAAACGCUCACAACAAAAUGGCGGGAAAGAAUUUCAAAAUUCGAAGAAGAUUGUGCGUUGUUAUAUUUUUGUUCGCGCUGAAUUUUUGUGUGUGCUCCGACAUUGAGAAUGACGUAUUGACUUUACAAGACAACUUGGAUUUGAGUGACGAUUCCGCAUCGGAUAGGAGACGACCAGUCAAUGGCCAGGAAAAGGACAUAUUGCUGUUAGAAGCUCUAGCGACCAGAAAAGUUCCGUACCAAACUGGAUACAGUACGACGCAGGAUGACCAGUCUAUUAUGGAUUUGUUAGGAAAAAUGAUACCCCAGUCCUGUCGCUACCGAGGGGCCAGGUUCUCCUGUGGUCUGAGCAUCUCGUGUGUCAUCAACGGGGGCAAGCCCAUGGACCUCUGCUCGGGGGGCAUGAUCUGGUCGUGCUGCAUAGUCAAGGAGACCACCGAGCGACCCACGGAGAUUGCGCCUGUUGUCCAUAAUGCAAGUGACCUAAUCGAACUCAUCGGCUCACUGCCGCACGAAACGUUCGACUACCAAACAAACACAUACGACGACCCGAUCAUCAUCUACACGGAGCCAAACCGCCCCAAACCGCACUACAACCGUCCCACGUACCAACACAAUCCGGAUCAAAGCGGAUCGCACCGGCCGAAACCAACGGACCAGCAUAAUCCAGAUCAGACCGGUUCAAACCGGCCGGACUGGACAGAUUACAAUCACUACUACCACGUCAAACCGUCAUACCACGAAAGUACAACACAUUCGCCCCUGGAUGGGUUCUACACUGACAACGUAGGGGUUAGCAAACCGGAAGGUGGCACUGAUGAUUAUGUACCCGUGCAUACGAGCGUGCACAAACCACAGAAGCCUAGCUACCCGGGUUGUGGUGAACACUAUACAAGGUCCAACCGUAUCGUGGGUGGUCACUCCACCGGGUUCGGGUCCCAUCCAUGGCAAGCUGCACUGAUCAAGUCAGGUUUCCUCAGCAAGAAGUUGGCUUGCGGUGGAGCGCUGAUAUCUGAUAGAUGGGUCGUCACCGCUGCCCAUUGUGUUGCCACAACCCCAAACUCCCAGCUCCGCGUGCGGUUAGGGGAGUGGGACGUGAGGGACGCGGGGGAGAGGUACUCCCACGAGGAGUUCGCGGUGCAACGCAAGGAGGUACACCCGUCCUACGAGCCGGCUGACUUCCGAAACGAUGUGGCGCUGGUACAGUUGGACAGAGAGGUGGUGUUUAAGCAGCACAUACUACCGGUAUGCCUGCCGCAGAAGCAGAUGAAGCUGGCGGGCAAGAUGGCGACCGUCGCGGGCUGGGGACGCACGCGGCACGGACAGAGCACGGUGCCGACCGUACUACAGGAGGUGGAUGUGGAAGUGAUACCAAACGAGCGCUGCCAGCGAUGGUUCCGUGCGGCGGGCCGGCGGGAGACCAUCCACGACGUGUUCCUGUGCGCCGGGUACAAAGAGGGUGGUCGAGACUCCUGCCAAGGCGACUCCGGGGGCCCUCUGACACUGAAGUACCAGGGGCGAAGCACCCUCAUCGGUCUAGUCUCGUGGGGCAUCGGCUGCGGUCGGGAACAUUUACCCGGCGUUUACACAAACAUACAAAAAUUUGUGCCGUGGAUCGACAAACUUGUCACUACAUAACUAGAAUAAACUGUUAAUAUUGUAAAUAUCGUAAAGUUUUUAUAAUCAUAGUUCAGGAUUCGUGGAGCUUUUUACAAUUGAUUGCUAUUAAGUUAAUAAUAAACUCCCCGCCUCCCAACUUAUAUCAGUAUCGAGGUCAUCAAAAAUUGUUAAUAACCAGCUGUUUUUUUUUUGCUUGAUACUGGACUAUCAAGUUUACCUAUACAGAAAAGGAAUGUAAAAUCUAAUCACAAAAAAAUAAGUUAUUGUGACAAAUUAGCUAGUUUACCUUUAC